CGCCGCCUCCUCAGUCUCCUGGUCUCGGUCGCCGCCGCCGCCGUCCCCUCCGUCGCCUCUCGGGGGAAGGGGGGACGCAGGGGGCAUCGCGGGGCCCCGGCGGAUGCGCCCCCCGCCACCUCUCGGGCUGCGCCGCCUCGCGGGGAUGAAGCACCGGCCGUGAAGAUGGAGGUGACCUGCCUUCUACUUCUGGCGCUGAUCCCCUUCCACUGCCGGGGACAAGGAGUCUACGCUCCCGCCCAGGCUCAGAUUGUCCACGCUGGCCAGGCAUGUGUGGUGAAGGAGGACAACAUCAGCGAGCGUGUCUACACCAUCCGGGAGGGGGACACCCUCGUGCUGCAGUGCCUCGUCACGGGGCACCCUCGGCCCCAGGUGCGCUGGACCAAGACUGCGGGCAGCGCCUCGGACAAGUUCCAGGAGACAUCGGUGUUCAACGAGACGCUGCGCAUCGAGCGCAUCGCGCGCACGCAGGGCGGCCGCUACUACUGCAAGGCGGAGAACGGCGUGGGCGUGCCCGCCAUCAAGUCUAUCCGCGUGGACGUGCAGUACCUGGACGAGCCCGUGCUGACGGUGCACCAGACGGUGAGCGAUGUUCGAGGCAAUUUCUACCAGGAGAAGACGGUGUUCCUGCGCUGUACUGUCAACUCCAACCCGCCUGCCCGCUUCAUCUGGAAGCGGGGCUCCGACACCCUGUCUCACAGCCAGGACAAUGGGGUCGACAUCUAUGAGCCCCUCUACACCCAGGGGGAGACCAAGGUCCUGAAGCUGAAGAACCUGCGGCCCCAGGACUAUGCCAGCUACACCUGCCAGGUGUCCGUACGCAACGUGUGCGGCAUCCCGGACAAGGCCAUCACCUUCCGGCUCACCAACACCACGGCACCACCAGCCCUGAAGCUGUCUGUGAAUGAAACUCUGGUGGUCAACCCGGGGGAGAAUGUGACAGUACAGUGUCUGCUGGCAGGCGGCGAUCCCUUACCCCAGCUGCAGUGGUCCCACGGGCAGGGCCCGCUGCCCCUGGGUGCUGUGGCCCAGAGUGGCACCCUCAGCAUCCCCUCAGUGCAGGCCCGGGACUCUGGCUACUACAACUGCACGGCCACCAACAAUGUGGGCAACCCUGCCAAGAAGACGGUCAACCUGCUGGUGCGAUCCAUGAAGAAUGCUACGUUCCAGAUCACCCCAGAUGUGAUCAAAGAGAGUGAGAACAUACAGCUGGGCCAGGACCUGAAGCUGUCGUGCCAUGUGGAUGCAGUACCCCAGGAGAAGGUGACCUACCAGUGGUUCAAGAAUGGCAAGCCGGCACGCAUGUCCAAGAGGCUGCUGGUGACCCGAAAUGACCCCGAGUUGCCUGCCGUCACGAGCAGCCUAGAGCUCAUUGACCUGCACUUCAGCGACUAUGGCACCUACUUGUGUGUGGCUUCCUUCCCAGGAGCACCUGUGCCUGACCUCAGCGUCGAGGUCAACAUCUCCUCUGAGACAGUGCCUCCCACCAUCAGCGUGCCCAAGGGCAGGGCCGUGGUCACAGUGCGGGAGGGCUCGCCCGCGGAGCUGCAGUGUGAGGUUCGAGGCAAGCCGCGGCCGCCGGUGCUCUGGUCCCGCGUGGACAAGGAGGCUGCGCUGCUGCCCUCGGGGCUGCCCCUGGAGGAGACCCCGGACGGGAAGCUGCGACUGGAGCACGUGAGCCGCGACAUGAGUGGGACCUACCGCUGCCAGACGGCUCGGUACAAUGGCUUCAACGUGCGCCCCCGCGAGGCCCAGGUGCAGCUGAAUGUGCAGUUCCCGCCGGAGGUGGAGCCCAGCUCGCAGGAUGUGCGCCAAGCGCUGGGCCGGCCCGUGCUGCUGCGCUGCUCGCUGCUGCGGGGCAGCCCCCAGCGUAUCGCCUCGGCCGUGUGGCGCUUCAAAGGGCAGCUGCUGCCUCCGCCGCCCGCUGUCCCCGUCGCCGCCGAGGCCCCCGACCACUCCGAACUGCGCCUCGACGCCGUCACCCGCGACAGCAGCGGCAGCUACGAGUGCAGCAUCUCGAACGACGUUGGCUCGGCUGCCUGCCUCUUUCAGGUCUCGGCCAAAGCCUACAGCCCGGAGUUUUACUUCGACACCCCCAACCCCACCCGCAGCCACAAGCUGUCCAAGAACUACUCCUAUGUGCUGCAGUGGACCCAGAGGGAGCCCGAUGCUGUCGACCCCCUGCUCAACUACAGACUCAGUGUCCGCCAGUUGAAUCAGCACAACGUCAUGGUGAAGGCCAUCCCAGUGCGGCGCGUGGAGAAGGGGCAGCUGCUGGAGUACAUCCUGACUGACCUCCGUGUGCCCCACAGCUACGAGGUCCGCCUCACACCCUACACCACCUUCGGGGCUGGUGACAUGGCCUCCCGCAUCAUCCACUACACAGAGCCCAUCAACUCUCCCAACCUGUCAGACAACACCUGCCACUUUGAAGAUGAGAAGAUCUGUGGCUACACCCAGGACCUGACAGACAACUUUGACUGGACACGGCAGAAUGCCCUCAACCAGAAUCCCAAGCGCUCCCCCAACACUGGUCCCCCCACUGACAUCAGUGGCACCCCUGAGGGCUACUACAUGUUCAUCGAGACAUCAAGGCCCCGGGAGCUGGGGGACCGAGCCCGUUUGGUGAGUCCCUUGUACAAUGCCAGCGCUAAGUUCUACUGCGUCUCCUUUUUCUACCACAUGUACGGGAAGCACAUCGGCUCCCUCAACCUCCUGGUGCGGUCCCGGAACAAAGGGGGCCUCGACACGCACGCCUGGUCCCUCAGCGGCAAUAAGGGCAAUGUGUGGCAGCAGGUGCAUGUGCCCAUCAACCCCAGCGGGCCCUUCCAGAUUAUUUUUGAGGGGGUUCGAGGCUCUGGCUACCUGGGGGAUAUCGCCAUAGAUGAUGUCACACUGAAGAAGGGAGAGUGUCCCCGGAAGCAGAUGGAUCCCAAUAAAGUGGUGGUGAUGCCGGGCAGUGGAGCCCCCCGCCAGCCCCACCCACAGCUCUGGGGGCCCAUGGUCAUCUUCCUCUUGGCAUUGCAGAGAUGAUGAGAGCUGCGUGCCCCCCCCACCCCGCCCCCGGCACACCAAAGUGUCCACAUCGUACCAAAGACUGACCCCCGCCAGCCGGGGUGCCCAGGGGCAGGGCCGGCCCGCCAGGGAGGGGGCCUGCGUUGGCUGCGAGGAUGAGCAGAGAAACAAGGACAGAGACCCGGCGCUGAGACCCUGGAGCCGGUCGUUUGACACAUGCACACACGCACACACUCACACGCACACACACACAUAUAUUAAAGCACAAGUUUCUAUCCGACCGGCCAGCACCUUCUUUUCUGCGGAGACAAGGGACUUGCCGGAAUGGUGUCUACCACCCCAGGGACCUUGGCGCCACAUGGGCAUUGUCCUGGCUGCACCUGUUCCUAACUGGUGACCUUCCGUCGUUCCUAACUCAGUCCAGUGGCUUUACCAGAAGGGAGCCAGAAGGGGAGCCGGCUCGGGAGCCCCAACCUUGGCUGGAUUCUGGGACUCCCUGGGAUGAGGGAGGCUGGGGUCAAAGGAGGCCCGGGAGGCACCUGCCACAUGCCCUCUGUUUUCAGGGCAAGGGCUGGAAGGUGGAGACCCCAGGUCACCUUGAUCCCUUGACCUGUUUGUUCUUGGACUUCAUAUCCUCCCCACACUGUGCCCCUUUGGAGGGACGCAGCACAGGGUCUUGGGCCUGGGCAGUCUGAAGUCUGACACCUUCCCUCCUGCCCCUUCUGUCCCUACCCCACCCCCCGAGGAGCUGGAUUCCUGAGAGCACAAUCUCCACCCUAGUCAGCUGGCUUAACAUCAGCACCCACCUGUGUUUCGAGGGAGCGGGCUGGGGGGGUGGGGGGUGGGGUGCUGGCCAGCCAUUUUCUGGGCUGAGGCUUGACUUUGAGAGGAGCAGAGGAGAAGGCCUGUUUUUUGCGAGUUUGUGCCCCCAUGGCAUUUGGGAGUAGAGCGGAGCCUUCAUUUCUUCUAUACUUGGCAGGAAGGGGUGCUCUGGAUAAGAGGGUAUGUGUUAAGGGGGUGCCCCUGCUCCCCUUCCACUGCAAAGGACCAUCUCGUUGGCUGAUCCCUUCCCGGCCCAGUGGGGGAAGGAGGGUUUUGCAGAGCUGGGGCAGGGGGCAGGCCAGUUGCUGGCCUCCUGUUGCCCUGGAGCUGAGCUCAUGCCCGGAACCAAAAGGGCUCCCUGUCCUCAGGCUCUGGGUUGGGAGCCUAGGUGGGCACAGUGGAAUCUAGCCCUCUCCUCCUCAAUGUCACCCUUGAGACCCCACCCCACCAUCCAUGGGAGAGAGGAGGCCCAGCCCCUUCCAGGGUGAAUCUUCAUGCAUGUGUGCAUGUGGCCGUGUGUGUGUGUGUGUGCGUGUGUGUGCGCGCGUGCGCGCAUGCACUUGUCUGUGUCUGUGUAGCACUGUGGGUACAUCUCUGGGCAGGAGUAUGUGCAAAUGUGAGUCUGCACGUGCAAUUACACAUAUCUGUCUGUGAGGCCGGCCUAACCCCUGGUUUGGUGUGUGCCUGCGGGAUGUUGGCAUGCAUGCCCCCCUCCACGAGUGACAUGAAUGUGUGUGGGGUGCUGGCCAAAUAUACCACUUGCAGCCCUAUUCUGUAGCCUCAAGCUGCCUGCCACCACCUGAAUUUCUACCUUUCAUCCCCUAUGGAUGACAAAGAGCUUACAGACGACCCUAUUGAAAUGCGAGCACCUUUGGUGGGGUGUGUUACAGGGCUUGGCCUAGAGCAUUCGGAGGGGACAGCUAACAGAGCAGGGGGAGCAGGGCAGUGCCAAGAGGCAGGCGGGGCACCGACGCAAAGGCGGCCCCUCUCACUGCUCCGUGGCCUGUGCUGUCAUCAUCACCAACAGCUGGGGCGGCUGGGCCAGGCCUGGAGCGGGGCCUUCUGAUCCCCCCACCAGCCUGGCUGCCUUGCUGGCUCAGCCGAGGGUUCUCUCCAAAAUGAGUGGCUCCGGGUUCCCAGAACACAUUUCCAUCCCGUCUGCUGAGUAUUGUUCCUUAAUUGUCCCGUCUGUUGCCCCCAACUAGACUGUGAGCUCCUCCUCCGAGCCUUCCAACCUUCUCCCCCAGCCCAUCCCAACCUCAUGCCCAACACAGGUGGGCCCGAUAGGGGAAUCACUGUGGGCUUUGCCAAGUGGAACGGAUUCUAUAAAUCAGUGCUUCCCAGCCCUGGCUGCAGAAUCGAACCACCAGAGGGUCUUUUAGAAAGCACGGAUGCUUGGGUCCUAUCCCCAGAGGUUCUGAUUUCACUGGACUGGUGGGCAGCCUGGCAUCAGAAAUGUUUAACAGCUCCUCGGAAGAACCCAGGAAUGCGAACCACUGGCCUGCCAGGGGCUUCCUCUGCGCCCUUGCUGGGGUGGGUAUGGAGGUGCAGAGAGGAAUGGCACCAGGCACCACCUCCUUGGGGCACCGAGGUCCUUGGUCCUCCUGUGUGGAAGGGCGAGGCUGGUGCCUGUGUGUGUGUGUGUGUGUGUGUGUGUGUGUGUGUGUGUGUGUGUGUGUGUGUGUGUGUGUGUGUGUGUGUGUGUGUGUGUGUGUGUGUGUGUGUGUGCGCGCGCGCGCGCGCGCACGCAGGUCUGCAGGGAGUGUGUGUGUCUAUGCGUACUAGCACUAACAGUGUGUGAUGGGAGUGCCCAGGGUGUGCCGGUCUGUCUGUGGGAGGAUGGGGUCUGCAAGGAAGAAGUGUCUUUGUGUGUCCCAGUGUUCGUGUGUCUGUGUCUGCCUGUGAGUCAGCACCUCUGUGUCAGUGUCACCUGUGCCGUGGGUGUCAGCGUCUGUGUGCUGGUAGGUGGCCCGUGAAGACCCGCAGCCCAGGGGAGACCAGGCUGGCUGGAUCCGGCGCGUCUCCCCUGUGACAGUCUCGCCCUCUGGGUCAGGGUGGCUGAGGCAUUUUGUGGCCUUAAAACAGGGAGUCCGGGGUCAGCUCUCAAGGUGUUGGGGUUUGUUCACUCCAGUUGCCCCCCCCCCCGUUUGAUGUCUCGGGGAGACCCCUGGGGCCAGGUGCUGUACAGGCAGAAGAGGGGAAGUCUCAGCUGGGCUGUGCUGCCCCUGGGACCACAGGCAGCCACCCGGGGUGCCCAGCUAAGCCUGCAGACCGAGCCCCCGCCUCCCAGGAUGCUCCUCCCACCUUGCCUUCUCUGGGAUACCCUGCCGCCUCUUUCCCUUUCCCGUUCAUUCUCCUUUCUCCCUGCGCUUGGUGGAAGCCCCGGGCUCAGGCUCUCACUGGUGGAAUGGGCCUCAGAGGGCCAAACCCCUCCUUGUGUAAAUGAGAAAGGUGCAGGGGGCGGAUUGGCCCCAGGUCACACAGCCGGUUGGGGUGGAGCCAGCCUUGGAAGUCCGGUGCUCCCACCCCGGGGCUGUCACACUGCUGGCCAAGGCCUCCUAUCAGGCAGCAGCACCGAGCUUGGUCCACCUGCCCUGGCUUCUGGGCGCUGGUACAGAUGUUACAGAUGUUACUGGGCACCUGCUUUAGGAGCGGUGCUGUCUCCCUGCCCCCAAUUCUGGCCUCUCAUCCCAGGCCACUGCUCCUCCCACACCAGAUCAGGCCUGGGUGCCAUGCGGACGCUGCCUCCCCCUGCCCACACUGGCUUUAGCACUGCCCAGGCUCCCAGAGAGAAAGGACUGUUUCCCCUCCCUGGCCCUCUGUCUUCACGUGAGCCUGGGCUCUGAAGGAAGAUCGGUGUGUCCUGGUGUCCUCGUCCUACGGGCUUCCCCCUAUGGACCAAGAGGGAUGGGGUGAGAGGGUACAGAGUUUUGUGUUUGCCCUUCGCUGGACUCAGAGGGCUUGACAUAUUUCCAAGGUCUGUCCCAAGGAAUGGGGUGGAUGAACCUGCUCUGGAGAGUCCCUGUAGGGCCACGGGUUGAGCUUCUGGGCUCGGGGGAGCCCUCCCCACUUCCAAAGGCAAGAAAGCACGCCCCUCUCUGUUGAAUCAGUGCUGAGUGUGAGAGUGUGUGUCUGUGAGGGUGAAGGGGUUUGUGUGGGGGUGUGAAUAUGUGUGUGUAUGUGUGUGAGGGUGUGUGCUGGGGCAGAAGGACCACUCCUUCCUAGGGAGCCCUUGACCCUGAGAGCUGGAAGGGACCUUAGAGACCAUCUAAUCCAGUGCCCCCAUGGUACAGGUGAGAAAGCUGAGGUCAGAGACAUGGCACUUGCCCACCAUCACCCCUCCCUCGUGUCCCCUGCAUUCAUUUCCCAGAGGCCCCACUAGGAAGGCCCUCCCUCCCGGUACCUCCCCACCCCCUUCCAGCCGCCCCCAUAAUCACCGUCUCAGCUCAGCUCUGCUGGCCGCUCUGCCCCAGCGGUCUCCAAGCGUCCUUCCUGCCCCAGGUGGCCAGCUCACCAAGGCCUUUAUCCGCAACCUGGGAGAAGGGGCAGGGGAAGGGGGGGACUGCUCCAGCCUUGAGGCCUCCCAGACUUGAGAGAAAAGCCAGCCCCUCCAUGCCCAGGCCCACCCCACCACCGAGGUAAAAGCACAACAGGAGACCCUCAUUCAUGGGUGAAAGGUCUUGGGGUUGUUUUAGUCAGACGACCCCAUCCUCACCCCUUUGCCUUGCUCUCUGUCUCCACCCCAACCUCUUUGUCCUUUUUUCACCCCCAAGCCUCCCAAAUGUAACCUCUAGUUGCGGACGCGGUUGUUUCAAUAAAUAAA